AUGUAUUACGACUUGAACGUGCCGUACAGCCCGGGUGAUUCUGAGAUCUCCGCAACGCUAAGCUUUCUCGCCGAACUGGGUUACACAACCGUUGCCCUUUCGCAGACCAUUGCCGGAAAACUUCCCCCAAGCCCUACUCCGCCGUCGCUCCCCAGCGAUGUCCCGAAAGGCCUUACGCUCCUCACGCGCCUCAACUUGCCCCUCUCCGACCCCGCGCAGAAUCAACGCCUUACCAGUAUAGCUCAAGCCUACGACUUGAUCGCCCUGCGUCCGAGCAACGAGAAAGCGUUAUUGAAUGCAUGCACCAAUGCAGAAUGCGACAUCAUCUCACUAGACCUCUCGGUCAGGCAUCCCUAUCAUUUCAAGUUCAAGAUGCUUUCUGCUGCCAUCGCACGCGGUAUUCGCUUCGAAAUAUGCUACGGGCCAGGAGUCACAGGAAGCGGACUAGAAGCGCGCCGAAAUUUGAUCGGCAAUGCGAUGGCCUUGAUUCGCGCAACCCGUGGUCGCGGAAUAAUUGUGUCCAGCGAGGCCAAGAAGGCAUUAGGUCUCCGAGCACCGUUCGACGUGAUCAACCUAGCGUGUGUGUGGGGCCUAUCACAAGAGCUGGGUAAAGAGGCGAUUUGCGCAGAAUCAAGGAAAGUUACUGCCCUUGCCCGAUUGAAGCGGACCAGCUGGCGCGGUAUCGUUGAUGUCGUUGACGGUGGACAAGUUCUUCCUGCGUCGAAGAAGGCAGCUGCUCCUGUUUCUGAUAAGAAGGUUACGGAAUCAAAGUCGCAAACAGAAAGCAGCGGCGACAACUUGAAAAGAAAGGCGUCUUUAGCUCCCGAGGUAGAAACGGAUGGGCCUGAGAAGCCACUUUCAAAGCGCGAGAUGAAACGCCGAGCCAAGAAAGCUAGACUAGAGGCAGCUCUAUCGGGGGUUGACGAUUCCCCUGCAACAUGA